AUGGCGGUUGAAAGUGAAGCUGCCACUGCCUCACAGCUGGCUCUUGCUGACACCAAUAUCAAUUGGGACAGGUUGGAUAAGACAAGGUUUCAUGCCAUCGGGGCAAUCCUAUUUACAGCUCAGUCGGCAUUAAUACACCCAACUGCUGUUGUCAAGACGAGGAUGCAAGUAGCUGAUUCUGGUUUGGCUCAGAUGGGAGGUCUAUCUGUCUUCAAAACUAUACUCAAAACUGAAGGUGUACCUGGGAUAUUUAGGGGUUUUGGUACAUCUGCUAUUGGAUCAAUGCCUGGCCGAGUCCUGGCUUUGACCUCUCUUGAAGUAUCUAAAGACAUGAUGUUCAAGUACACUGAAGGUCUGAAUAUGCCGGAAGCUACUAGAGUUGGAAUCGCUAAUGGAUUUGGUGGAAUGUUUUCCAAUUUGGUUUCAUGUGUAUAUUUUGUACCCUUGGACGUGAUAUGCCAGAGACUAAUGGUUCAAGGUCUUCCAGGGACCACAUUCAGCAAUGGUCCAUUCGAUGUUAUGCGCAAAGUAAUUAAAGUUGAAGGAAUCUGUGGUUUGUACCGGGGCUUUGGAUUAACUGCUUUGUCACAAACACCUGCAUCGGCACUUUGGUGGGGAGCAUAUGGAGCAGCCCAACAUAGGAUCUGGAGGGCCAUAGGUUAUGGAGAUGAUUUGGACCAGAAACCUUCUCACGUAGAAAUGAUUAGUGUUCAGGCUACUGCUGGAAUGGUAGCUGGUGCUUGUUCUUCAAUUAUUACUACUCCUUUGGAUACUGUAAAGACUAGACUCCAGGUAAUUGACAACUAUGGUGUGGGAAGACCAUCAGUCAUGAAGACGACUAGGGUACUUUUGAAAGAAGAUGGAUGGAGAGGGUUCUACAGAGGGUUUGGACCCCGAGAGACUAUCUUUGAAACCAAGUUGAAAUUAUGCUGGAGUUACCCUUGGGGAAAAGGAAGGAAGAAAGAAUGGAGGAGCUACCCUGACACAAAUCAUCAUUCUUCUGUCAUUUUUUACCCUUCAAUGCGUUGA